AGUGCGGGGCGAUAUUGUGCGCGGAGCACGCGAGUGUCGAUGAAUGUCGGUUGCCGUCGGUAUUCCAGGUGAUAUAAAUGAGCCCGUACGUGGACUUUGAGCGACGUCGCGACUUCGCGACGCCGUGCUAAGCGGCGCCCGAAAUGCGCCCCAGUCACCGUCAACGCACACGCUCGGAUCAUGUGAGCCGCGACUCGCCGUCCGGUGGUGCUGCUGGUGCUGCUGGUGCUGCUGCUGGUGCCGCCCGCCUGGUAUCGCCUGUCGCACCGCACGUUCGCCGUGUAGCAGCUUGUGUAGCCAUAUUUCCCGUGUUUUUCGCCGAGACGUCGUCGUGUUUGACGAUCCGGUGUUGAGCGUUGCAUCGUUUCGUUGGCCGAUCGUUGGCUGCCUCACCGUAUGGCUGCGCGCUCUCGAAGAGGAUAGCGUCGCCGUUGUCAUCAUUGUCAUCGUCAUCGUCGUCUCCGUGGUCGUCGUGUCGCGGGGGCCGCCUCCGUGUCGAGUAUGCGACGAUCGUUCCUCGCCGUCCCGUCAUCGUUGGACGCGCAGCAUUCGCAUCGAUUGUCACCGCCACCGAUCGUAGGUGAAGGCUGUGUCACGAGAAACGUCAUCGAGACGAGCAAUUCCGGAUCCUGUCAACAUCGCCGAUCGAUUCGUCGUCAUUCGCGUCCGAGCACGCGAUUUCGCAGUGUUUCCCAGACGCCUAAUCAGCCGGCUACCGAGUGCGCAUUUUUCCAUUGUUGUGUACGUCGUUUUGAAUCCUAUACGAAAUAUGGAGAGCCGCGGCACUGCUAAUCCCGAUUGUUGGGUGAAAUGUUUAUGACUGAAAUUUAUUGGAAAUGUUUUAAAUAUAAUUUCCUAUAUAUAAGAGUGCAAAGAAAUAUAUAAAAGUUGUGAGAUAAAAAGUUAUGUUAUGAAUAUCUUGGAGUGCAUGUUUUACACUGCAAAUUGGAAGAAUCUACUAAACGUGCACCAAGCGAGGCACUAUUGUGCCAAGCUUGGGUAAUGGAUCCCAUUGGUCCAUGGUACACAUCGUAUAAUCGUCUCACUGCAGGCGGCACUACUGGGACGUUUCAAACGGCAACACCAACUACAACUAGUGAUUUUGUACCUCAUCAUUUAGCAACGGCUGUUACGCAGACAGUGCCAUCAACAACGACGUCGCAAUUACUUUUACAAGCGGCACAUACAACAGCAACUCUGGCGGGUCAACCGUCCCCUUUCAACCCUGGGGGGUUUUUAACCCCACCCCCUGUGGGUUACGAAGUCUUUUCGCCACUCUUCCAUCAUUCUAAUAAGCAAGCGCAUUAUGUUACUCAACAUAGACAAGCUCUUGCUCAAGCGCAAGCGGUAUCGGUGACAAAACAAAACACUACGAGCGAAUCUGAUAUCUCUACGUUGAGGGAAAAUUAUAGUUCGGCACAUCAAACUACGUUUUUCGAGCAACAAGGAGCGUCGACAUCGCCUACGACAUCGACUCUAGCUUGGACACCUCAAAACAAUACGCAGCUUCCUAGCCCAUUUGGUAUUUUGCCGCACGAGAGUGUUGUCUCGUCAUCUCCAGGUCCGCCUUCCACAAAAUCUAGCAAUACUAGCGGCUACGAAAACACCUUCAACGCACAUUUUAGUACAAUGCAGACUAUAAACAAUAUCAACGCAUCUCAAUUAACUAGUCCAUCAGCGUGCAGCGCGGACUUUAAAGUCGCCAGUUGCCCGACUGACGCGAAGAAAUCGGUCAAUGUGAGACCUCAAUCGCCUACCUCGGUUAACGUAAAAUCCAUUCCCGUGCAAAUUAGUGGUAGACAGACGUUCUUUCAUCAAGUACCGACAACUUUUAGUUCCGACACUUUAACGAACAAUUAUCCGAAUGCGGGAAAUGGAAGUCAGUCCGCUGCUGGAAAUGGAAAGGUGCAGUCAUCGGGUUUGCAGCAUCAGCAAUCGUGUAUUGUGUCGACGCCAAGUAACGCUUCGGGUAAGGAAUACAGAAUACCACAACCACCCUCGAGAUCGACUGCGCCAACAGUUUUUCUCAGCACCUCCGCGCGUUCGAGUUCUACGCAAGCAGUUCAGCAGGAUAAGCAGGGAACGCGCAAUGGAAAUUUUGCAUCUCCGCCUAACAAAGCUGCGACUGCCACUGCUCAACAGAAUAUCCAAACUAAAGCACAAACUAAGAUUUAUCCAGAAUUGGGAAGCCAUGGAGUCGAACAUCGGAGAAACGAGCAACACGAUAAUAACCAAUCAUCAUCACCGAUCAGCUUCUCCAUUAUGGACAAUCGCGGUUUGAACUACGCUGCGAAUAAUUCCACAAACUGCAACAACUCGAGCGGCAAGCUUACAAACAGUCAGAGGACGCCGUCUAACAGCAAUCUACAGUCGCACCCUCAACAGCAGCAGCAAACAUUUCACGUUUUGAAUCAGCAACAGCAACAAACCACAUCUUACAGACAUUAUUUAACAGGAUCAGGCACGAGUGAUACGGAAUAUCAUCAUCCAGGCAGAUCCAAGUCCGCGACCUCGACCGAUUCUGCUUAUUCCUCCAAUACUUCGACGCAAAACGGACCCGAUUGCAGCGUUGUCGUUCCACGAAGACCGAGUCCUCUACAGGCUCAUUCGCAGGCCAGUCCCCUGGGUCACGUGCCAAGUCCCGCGUAUCCCAUGUACAAUAGUCCGAUGGCGACCAUGUCAUCACCGUCACCGUUGCAACAACAUGGUGAAAACAAUGGUAAUCAAUGCACCAAUGCUGCACAGCCAUACAAAGGUGGAGUACAACAACAAGUCACUCCACCGUCACCUCUGGACGUCACCGUUCCCAGGCCGUCAUCUCAAGGACAAGUCGCGUAUUCCUCAGUGAUUACACGAGCGUUAGGUACCAGUACGGAGAACAAUAAAACCGCUUAUAACGCAGAGAGUAAAACGACAUACGACGGACAACAGCAAGAUUUUUCACAGACGCAGAAGCAACAGGUCUGUUGGGAGAACGACAACCGUCAAACGACAAAUGGCAACAGAAAGUUCUCUAUUGCCGUGUAUACCGGCACGAACACGGGAGAUAUAAACGCGCAGAGUUUGCCAGUUCAACAGCAACAAGUACAAAGGCUGGUGAACAUGUCGGAUAGCAGACAGCAACCAUAUUUCGAGUCCAAUCAGGUGGCGCUGCAGGACUUGAGCAGUUGCAGGGGAGAUCCAAUGAGUAUCGUGAAGAACUUGCAAACAUUGCAACAGGGUCCUUGUCAGGUGCAGCAGCAUACGAUCGUUAUGGCCAGCACGACAGAACAACAAAAGCAAGCUGAGGAAAACAGACGGAAGGCCGACAACGCUAACAAAAAGAGAAAAAGUUUGGAAAAGGCUGUUAGUCACAAUACGGCGUCGAACGAGCUUACGGGAACCACAACGAUGACGGAAUACCUCGGUAGGAUACCUCCACCAGCGCAUCACAACGCGGCGAAUCAACAACAGCAGAAUGGCUAUUUCGAUUUUGAACGAUGGAAUCUACCACCUCCACCCACCAAGAUGUUUCCCGCUGCAUCUGGCGCCUUCGGUUCACAGUCUUCGUUACAUCACUCGAGUAACUUUGCAAACACUCCGGCUCAUCAACAUCAGUCACUGAUGGUAUCUCAUCAUCACGCGCCACCACCUAUUCCAUAUUUCCCAGCUUUUCAUAUUCCCGCGGGUCAUCAUCCGCAUCACCCGCACGAAUUUCAGCCCUCGGUUGAAAUUACGUCGAUAGGAUUCAAUGCUGAGAACGUCGCGAAUCAAAAUGCCAAUUACAAUCAAGAGGUCAGAGACGACCAGCCUAAGGUAGUCGUUCCUAAUAUCGAAGAGGAACUCGGUUUUCUUCAACAAGAUCAGCAAUUGCUGCAGAAUACGAGUCAAAUGAAUAAAGACUUCAAACGGCCCAACAGAGAUCCUAAUACGGGUUUUAUGACAAGUUAUUUAAAGUUUUUACAAGGUGAAAGAGAUCCUUCUCCGCCGCCUGCUAUACGCGGUGGUAGAAAAGCGACAUGGAAUAGGUCAAAGCCGUACAUACCAAUUGAGCCGAGUAAAUCCGCGGAAGCUUCGACCAACGGCGAGACUGUUAAACCUCAAGAGAAACCACUCGUUAAGGAGACACCAGUUAAGGAAACACCAGUGAUAGACUACGCUAAUGAUCCCAGAUAUUUUCCGUUACCGAAGGAAAGGAAAAAAGCAAACUUUGAUUCGAGUGAUGAUGGAUUUACUAGCGACGAUGACUUUCUAUUUCCCCCUAAAAAAACUGAAAAGAAAGUGCAAAAUGCGACUAAUAGUGCUAGUAAUAUUGAAGUUGUUGCUGCAAAACCAGAAGGCAAAGGCAGAAAAGGUCGGCCUAUCAAGCCUGGUGGUCCUACAGAUAGAAAGAGAAAAGCUGCUGCAGCAGCGGCAGCGGCGGCAGCAGCAGCAGAAACGGAAAAAAAAUCUUCGAAGAAAAAUGAAGAAGUGGAUCCUUUAUUACUCCCUCCGAGACGAGAGACGUCGAGAAGAAAGGCAAAGGAAAAGACAUCGGUGAAACAAUUUUUGGAUCGGCAACAGGGUAUAGAUUAUUUUGACAAUGACGAGGAACAGGCUGAUUCCGAUUCUGAUCCAGCGUGGACGCCUGCUGUGAAAUUGGUCGGGGACGAGGAGGAGAAGAGGAAAAAACGGAUGAGACCCGUCAUUACUAAAAAAAUUAGAAAAAUCUUAGAGGAAGAUGGGUAUUCAUCUGGGGAUGCUAUCGUCUCGAAAAAAUCAACGAGAAAGAAACACGAAAUGCCUUCAAAAAAUUCCAAUACUGGAAAACAUUCUUGUAAGAUUGAUGAGAAACUAGUAGCGGCAGCAAGUGACGAAGAUAUUGAUAUUUCACCAUUUAAGCAUUUAGGCAACUCAGAAGAUGCGUCUGGCGAAUUUGUUGUGAUUAAGACAGAUUUGGAUGAAGAAUAUCCUCCUCUUUGGAGGAUAGAUGGUAAAACAUUGCUCCAGAAAUAUGAGCCAUUCAAAUCUAAUGGGAAAACUUUGUACAGAAACAUAUCUACGUAUUCUGCAUGGGUUUCACAAAAUCGUCAUAUAUAUCAACAAGUGCCAGUGAAAUUCUGGCAACAGGGCAAGAUAGAAACAAUUGUGGAAUUUUUGAGAGAUGAAAUGAUUGUUGAUGACAGUGAGAGUAUCGAUAAAUCUAUGAAAGAUACUGAGAGGUAUCAAGAUAAUUUUGAAGUAUACAUACAAACAUUGAUCUCGCAAGCUUUAGAUUCCAAUUUCCUUACUGAAAUAUUUCAGGAACAAGAUGAUUAUUUUCUGUCUAACGUUAAAACUGUCGAUGAAGUAACGGAAGAGAGAAAACGUCGUCUUUUAUCCACGACUAAAUGGAAACCAAAUGUCGUGACAGCAUUAUCGACGUGGCCGUGUGUUAACGUGCUUAAAGACUUACCGCCUUCAGAAAAUAAAGGAAAACAUUGUGCUGGCUGUCAGCAAACUAGAAUCUAUGCAAGAAUUCUGCUUUAUGGACAACCAUACAACGGUACUACUUUGGAAGGUUCGCCGCCAGAUCCAAGAGUACCUCAUGAAAAAGACUUUUUGUUGUGCCGCAUUUGCCAAAAGAAGGUAGCCUUGUAUAAUAAAGUCGCUCAUCAAAAAUACUUAAUGUUUUUGGAAUGUGCGAGAAGAGUGGCGGAUAAAAAAGUGGCUGAUCCCCACAAAGAUACUACAAUAAUAUUAAAUGAAUUAUUAGCAGAUGAAGCAUGGUUGAAUCAACUGUUUAAAGAAGUGAGGAACAUUUGGGCUGAAAUUGAUAGCAUGGAGCAACAAACUAAAGCAAAACCAAAAGCAAUUUUGUCGUCAUCGUUGAAACAAUAUCAUAAAACGGAGACAGCAAUUAUAACUGCUCCUACCGUACUUACGUCUAAUGAGACUGCUAAUACUUCUGAUUCACAGGUGCCUAUACAGAAUAUCGAAAAUAAUCCCCAAUCAGUAUCUAGCGAUGUGCAAAUAAGCAGUGAACCAUCUUAGUGGUAUUAUGAUUGUUUAUGUUUAAUGCAAAAUGCAAGACUGUUACAAGUUCAGUGAUACGUCUCUGAUAACGCAUGAACGUUUAUCGCCAAUAUCGACACCAAUAAAAAGUAUGUUUCGCAUGAUAACAAUAAAAAAUCUUAUUUAUAAAGAUAUAUAUCGUGAGAAAUUAAGAAUAUAAUCGAGAGAUUGUAGUUAUAGCGAUAAGUCGUAGAAUAUAAAUAUAUAUCAGAUAAAAGAAAGAAAAAAUUUCACACAUAUGUAACAUAUUCACGUUUGAUAUAGAAGUCUAGCUUUAGCUCGAAAUUUGCCAUUAUAGCAUAAUGAUAGCAUAAUAAUAGCAAAAACUUUCAUGUGAAUAUAGGCAUCUAGUUUAGUCUUUGUAUCGUGAUCUUAUAUAAGCUUCGAUAUAUGAUGAAAUCCGAAAUAUAUUGAAAUAUUAUAGACAUGACGUGAUAUUAAACAUCGCGGUUCUGAAUCAUAUUUGCAUCAUGUUUUAUCAAAUUAUAAAAUUAUAAUUUUCAUAUAAUAUAUAGAGAGCACUAUAUUAUUUUUUUGAAUAUUUUAUAGAAAGAUCUAAAGCACGUUCUUUUAA